CCGCGACCACCCACGCGACUUCCGGCGGAGUGCUUCUGCGCCGUCAAAAUAGUACACCCCGUACAGCCCGAGUUAAUGUGCCUCCAAUGCCGAUUCCCUCGGACUGGGACUAACUGGAGAGGGCUUGGCCAGGCUUGGCUCAUCCGUCCAAGGACGGGGGUUUGUUUCCUUCGCACUCGCACUCUUACGGCCGCCCGGGGAAACACGCAUUCCAACGGAGCAGCACAGUGACGUGGCGUGACGUAGGACGGCGGGAAAAGGUGACGUGCCGCCACUACCGCCUGACCUGUGCGAGGCCGAGGCAGUAGACGAGAGGCGGACCGAGGAGGUCCUGUGCCUGCUGGUUGCUGGUGCCAGUUACGACAUGGAUCAACGCAGGGGCGGCGCUCGUCGAGCAGGAAAGAAGAGAAGGAACCACUUUGCAGCGGCUGAAAUAUACAGUCAGAGGAUGAAGCUGACUCAGUUGCCAGACGACAUGCUGGUGCUGGUGAUGCAGCGCCUGGACGUGAAGUCCAUCUUCGCCUGCCGCCUCGUGUGCCAGAAGCUCUCCGGCCUGGCCCUUCACAGGGACGUGUGGCGACACCAGUCGUGCUUCAAGUACAACGACAGGUACCUCAUGCGGUGCGUGUGCGGUCUGCUGCGCCUGGCGCCGUGCCUGCAGGAGCUGGCCGUUUGGCUCCCGGUCCGCGGGUGUCGCCCGGCGUUGACGUCGACCUCGUGUGCCGCGCGGGUGCUGAGUGUUUCCGUGGGCAACGCCGCCGCCGUCCAGGACGCCGCCGAGGCCGUGUGCAGGCAGAGGUCGCUCGGCGGGCUCCGAGGCAUCGUGAUCGAGUUUCGCACGCAGGCCGAUGCCUCGGCGUUGUUGGCGGCGGUGGCGCAGACGCCGGGCUUGGGCGGUCUGCGCGUGACGGCGCACACCGACAUCCCCUGGCUGGCCGCCCCCGACACGCUGCCGGCGUCCUCCCUCAAGCGCUUCCAGUGCGAGCUGCGGCGGGAGACGGUGGACUUCGCCAACUUCAUCCUCGCGGCGCACGCCGCCACCCUCGAGGAGGUCGAGUUCUUGCACUCCACGUUCAGCACGCCCCUGACGUGGGCCCUGCUGGGUGGCAUGCAGCACCUCCGCCGGCUCAAGUGCGACGGCAACCCCGGGAUGGAGGCCGUGGCGGCCUGUGGGUCGCUCCGGGUCCUGGACCUCACUGUGACCCACAACCGGCUGGCCGCCGCGUGGGCCGCGGACUUCCUCCGGGCCGCCGUGCAACUUCGCGUGGUGCGAAUCAGUUACGAGCCGGGGAUUCGAAGAGCCGACGACGUCGGCGCUGACCUCGUCCUGGCCCUGGCCUCGUCCGGGCGGUCCCGCGUGGAGACGCUGGCCCUCGACAACUCCGGCGAUCAGGGAGAGAACGCCCCCUACCUGCCGUCGCUGAUCCGCGCGCUGCCCUCGCUGCCGUGCCUGCGGCACCUCAAGGUGGACCGCGAGCCCGACGGGCUGCUUCGCGCCAUUCACCCUGACACAGCGCCCGCUCUUCAGAGUGUCGACGUGGUGCUGGGUCGCGGGGAGUGCGCUCACGCGUGGAUCCACGGGGACGCGGUUAAGGCCGUCAUGUCGGCGAACCCCUCGCUCCACGUCAACGUGGAGGCAGGCGCCAUCUUAUGUGGUGACUAUGACAAGAUGAUGUGUGAGGGGGCGUGCGCAGUGGGAUGCCACCGUGAACUUGAAGAGUGCAUCAGAUGGAAUGAAGAGGACUAUCGCUGGGGGCACCAUCUUGGUCUCUUCUCACAUGACCCCACGGAGAAGUGUUCGCAGAAGCACUCUACAGAACACAAGCGCUGUUGGAUCCUUAUCCCACAAUCUCAAUAAGACUGCUUUUUAUUCUAAUUCACAAUAAAUUUGUAUACAUUAGUUUUCCUGAUGUAUUAUUUUUGUAUCGUUUUGUAUUGCUUGUCUUGUCCUUUUCACGUGUAGUAAAAAUUAUUGUCAGGUUUGGAU